GUGGCAUGCGGCGAAAUCUCCGCGGCGAAUCCUCCCCCAUUUUCAGCACGCUGUAGCUGUGCACGGGAAGACUCUGCAUUUCCUCAUCUUAUACUUCAUUCAUGCUGAAGGUCAUGAGAUCUGCAAGAUCGGUAGUCGCAGAGAACGCUCUAAAGAUGAGGAAUCACACCCACGGCGCGCCCGCGCGCACUAUCACGAGUCUAAGACGGUGGUCGAUCACGAACAAGGAAUUACCAGCCGUGCCGCAGGUCAAGUCCAUUCAUGUCUACGACUUCGACAAUACAUUAUUCCUGAGUCCACUUCCCAACCCACAACUCUGGAAUGGCCCGACAAUUGGCUUCCUGCAAGCUUAUGAGAGCUUCGCGAACGGCGGUUGGUGGCACGACCCGAACUUGCUCUCAGCGACGGGAGAAGGUAUCGAAAAGGAAGAGCCGCGUGCGUGGGAGGGGUGGUGGAAUGAACAGAUCGUACAACUCGUCAGACUAAGCAUGGAGCAAAAGGACGCUUUGACGGUGCUGCUCACGGGCCGCAGCGAGAGUGGGUUCUCCGAGAUUGUCAAGCGGAUGGUGGACAGUAAAAAGCUGGAGUUUGACUUAAUAUGUCUCAAGCCGGAAGUCGGCCCGAGGAGUCAGCGAUUCGCUAGCACGAUGGAGUUCAAACAGACCUUCUUGGAAGAUCUCAUUCUCACGUACGAGCAGGCAGAAGAGCUUCGCAUCUACGAAGACCGCCCGAAGCAUGCCAAAGGCUUUCGGGAGUACUUUGAGCAGCUGAACCGCAAGUUCCAGACUUUGCAGGGCCCCAGCCCGAGAAAGCCACUUAGUGCGGAAGUCAUUCAAGUGGCUGAAGGCUCCAUGUAUCUUGACCCUGUGCUGGAAACAGCUGAAGUACAGCGCAUGAUUAAUUCUCACAACACGGCCACCCGGAAUUCGUCACUAAACAAGGCAAGGUCGCCGUAUGGUCGGCUGCGCAUCAAGCGCACGAUCUUCUACACUGGCUAUUUGAUUUCAAAUGCUGACUCGAAUCGGUUGAUCCGCCAAGUAUUGAGUCCCAUGCUACCCUACGGGCUGGCUGACUCCAACGACCUGAAGUACAUGGCCAACAGUAUACUAAUAACCCCCCGCCCGGCCCCCCGAUCCAUACUGGACAAGGUCGGUGGCAUCGGUAAGAAACUGAGCUGGCAGAUCACAGGGACUGCCUGUUUUGAGAACCGAGUCUGGGCGGCUCGCAUGGCACCCAUCCCCGCCACCGAAAAAUACUACACAGAGAACCCCCAGCCCGUCGUGGUACUAGCGGUGCGCAAAGGCGCCCGUCCCAUUGACGCCGGCAAGAUCCAGAAUUGGCACCCCGUGCCCACGGACAAGGCUUUCACCGUGGACACCGUAGUCGGGGAGAAGGUGGUGCUGCGCGUUGAGGAAGAGAACCCCAACGAGGGCGAGUGGGAGAGCCAGUUCCUCAACAAGAACCACAAGAGACGGCACCAGCAGGAACGCAAUGAGGAAAUUCUGUACCCGCCGCACUCAGAGCAGCCUGCUACAUAUGAUGGCACUUCCGCACCACACCACGGAAGACAGCAGCCAAAUCAUCCGCGUAAUAGUGGCCGCCAUCACCACGAUGACGGCCCGCGUCGGGGCAACGCCUUCCGUGGCCGUGGUCGUGGAGCGGCAGGGCGGGGCCGCGGCCACCAGAACCGCGGAGGUAACCGUGGUCGCGGUCGUGGCCGUGACAACAAUGGCCCUCCCGGUUACAGAUCUCUCGAUGACUAUGGCGGUGGCUACGAUGCCAACCACGAGGAGAAGCUGGGAACAGGCGGAGGCCCCCCUGUGAUGAAUUACUAAAAACCAAAAAAAAGAAGAAUUUGAACGGGAAAAAUAAAGAGAAAAAGUAAAGAAGAAGGGAAAUACUCUUCUUCCAUCGGCCGAUUGUCAGAGUUAAUUUACUAUGUAUGUCUGCGCGCAGAAAGAUGCUGUUUUCUAACCUGCAGAUUAUCUAAUAAGGAACCAUGGUCAGCACACCAUCUCGUUUUUACAGAUCUGAUGUGACGGCCAAAAAUUCUGGCUCAUAUCAUCCAUCUUGUACCAGAUACUUUAAAGGCGUCGUGCUCAAAGACUCCUAUAUUUCUCGUUUUCAG